AUGGUCAAAACACACUGGUCAUCAUCUGCAACUGCUCUAUCGUUGCUACUCAACACGUUCUACGUCCCCACCGUCAGUGCCAUACAAACCAUCUCAGCGGUUGGUUCAAAAUUCUUCUACGAAGAUGGCACCCAAUACUACAUCAAAGGCAUCGCCUAUCAACUCAUUCCCGAAGAUCCCCUGAUUGACACCGCUCAAUGCACGCGAGAUGCCGCCCGCAUGGCCGAGUUGGGCACCAAUGCAAUCCGUGUGUACCAUGUGGACCCUAAAGCCAACCACGACGGAUGCAUGAAAGCUUUCGCAGAUGCAGGCAUUUACCUGUUCGUCGAUCUCGACACGUUCGACACCGCGAUCUCCCAGGACGACCCCCACUGGGACCAAUCCCAAUUCGACAGCUUCAAAGCCGUGUUGGACGCCUUCCAGAAAUACGACAACACCGCCGGAGUCUUCGUCGGUAACGAAGUCCUCACCACCAAGGACGGCUCCGCCGCCGCCCCCUACGUGCUAGCCGCAGCCCGCGACAUCAAAUCCUAUCGCAAUGCGCAGCACUACCGCUCCAUCCCAGUCGGCUAUUCGGCCGCAGACAUCGCCGAACUGCGCCCCAUGCUGCAGAACUACCUAGCCUGUCGCUCUGACCCCGCCGAACGACUCGAUUUCUUCUCCCUCAACGCCUACGAAUGGUGCGGUGACUCCUCAUACGAGCAGUCCGGCUACCAAACCCUCCAAGACGAAGCAGAAGGCUACCCCAUCCCCAUCUUCUUCUCCGAAACAGGAUGCAACGUAGCUCGUCCCCGCACCUUCUCCGACCAGGCCGCCAUCUUCGGUGACCACAUGUCGGGCACCUGGUCUGGCGCUAUGAUCUACGAAUGGAUCGAGGAAACAAACGACUACGGCCUGAUCGAGUAUGGCCCUCCCGGCGCCGACACACCCCCAACUGCCACCAAGGAUAUCGUCGUCCAGGACGGCUUCACUCGCCAGGGUGAACCCACCCCGAUCCAACCCGACUUUGAUAACCUCAAGAACCAGUGGGCUACGCUCGACCCUACCGGCGUCGCUCUAUCCGACUAUGUCAAAUCCACCGCGGCUAUCUCCCCUCCAGAAUGCCCUGCCUCGACGGACGGUGGAUGGGCCGUGGAUCCAUCCGCCCCGCUCCCAACUAUAGGUCAG